CGGUUUACUUUCUUCAUCCAUAGAAUGGAAACAACAACAAUCUACCAAAAGAAAAGGAAAAAAAAUAGUAAUAACGGUCCUCUUUACUUGAAAAAUUAAUUUUUAUUAUCUAAUAAAAGCAAAAUAAAAUCCUUAUUUUCCAUGUAACCCCCAAACCGGUAGCUAUAAAACCCGUUCCAAGACCAUCGCAAACAAAAGCCGGUACAAAUCAAAAUUUACUUUGUUAGGGUGCUGGUCACACGCCGACGCCUUAGAUUCCUUUGUUAUCCUGGUUUUCUCAAAUUGGGUACAAUUUUUAUUCAACAGAUAAUAAAAAAUGGUGAGACUGGUAAGGACCUGCAUACAAUCAAUAUUGAAGCUGGUGAAUUCAUUUGUUGGAAUGGUUGGUAUGGCCAUGAUUCUGUAUUCAAUUUGGUUAAUUAGGGUUUGGCAAAGAGAAAUGGGGGAGUUGCCUUUUGAAGGCUUUGAUUAUGCAGCUCCAUGGUUUAUCUACACUUUCCUUGGCCUUGGUGUUACGUUGUGUGUGAUCACAUGUUCUGGGCAUGUUGCUGCUGAAACUGCAAAUGGCUGUUGCCUUUAUUUUUAUAUGGCAUUCAUCUUUUUGCUUCUUAUGCUGGAGGCUGCGGUGACCACUGACGUAUUUCUGAAUCGUGACUGGGAGGAGGACUUUCCAGCGGAUCCAAGUGGGAGUUUUAACAAGUUCAAAGAUUUCAUUAGGUCAAACUUUGAAUUUUGCAAGUGGAUAGGCUUGUCUAUCGUGUUUGUACAGGGAUUAUGUAUCCUGCUGGCAAUGCUAGUUAAGGCUCUUGGGCCGCAUCAAUAUUACGAGAGUGACGAUGAUAUUGAUCCUGAGAGAGUUCCGCUACUAAAGAAUGAUGUUCACCCAACUUAUGUCGUUGGCAGCCCUAUUUAUGGAUCCAAAAGUAAUGCCUGAAACAUGAGAGAAUUAAAUAUAUAGUAAAAAUUAUGUUCUUGAACCUGGGAUUAUGCGCUGGUUGCUUGGCGCCAUCGGUCCUACUUUUUUGAGGUACUAAUGUAAAGAAUUGAGGUAUCAAGUUUCGGAAAUCAAACUCAUGUUGGGUUUGGCACGGUGUACCUUGGGAGCUCAAUAUGGUGCUUUGCAUCUAAAUCUCCUCAAUAAAAUAUAUUUGUCUUUAAAAUAAAAUAAUAAAAGUAAUAGGUUAAACACA